AUGAACCAUCUUGUCCUCCUUGUGCUGCUGGGUCUGUCGGUCUGCUCAGCUUACCCUCUGAAUGGGGCAGUGAAGGAAGAGGACCCAAACAUGGAACUUGUCCAGCAAUACCUAGAAAACUACUACAACCUCGAAAAAGAUGUGAAACAGUUUGUUAGAAGAAAGGACAGUAGUCCUGUUGUUAAAAAAAUCCAAGAAAUGCAGAAGUUCCUUGGGUUGGAGGUGACAGGCAAGCUGGACUCCAACACCCUGGAGGUGAUACGCAAGCCCAGGUGUGGCGUUCCUGAUGUCGGUCACUUCAGUACCUUCCCUGGCACCCCAAAGUGGACAAAAACUCACCUAACUUACAGGAUUGUGAAUUACACACCCGAUCUGCCAAGAGAUGCUGUUGAUGCUGCCAUUGAGAAAGCUCUGAAAGUCUGGGAGGAGGUGACUGCACUCACGUUCUCCAGGAAGUACGAAGGAGAGGCUGACAUAAUGAUCUCUUUUGCAGUUAGGGAACACGGAGACUUUUAUCCUUUCGAUGGACCGGGAUCCAGUCUGGCUCAUGCCUACCCACCUGGGCCUGGGCUUUAUGGAGAUGUCCACUUUGAUGAUGAUGAAAAAUGGACAGAGAGUACAUCAGGUACCAAUUUAUUCCUCGUUGCUGCUCAUGAGCUUGGCCACUCCCUGGGUCUGUUUCACUCAGCCAACCCUGAAGCGCUGAUGUACCCAGUCUACAGCUCCUCCUUCACAGACCUGGCCCCGUUCCGCCUUUCUCAAGAUGAUGUGGAUGGCAUCCAGUCCCUCUAUGGCCCUCCGCCUACCUCUCCUGGUACUUCUGUGGUGCCCACAGAACCCAUCCCUCCAGCAUCUGGGACACCAGCUAAGUGUGAUCCAGCUUUGUCCUUCGACGCGAUCAGCACUCUCAGGGGAGAGAUCCUGUUCUUUAAAGACAGAUACUUUUGGCGCAGAUCCCACUGGAGCCAUGAACCUGGUUUUCAUUUGAUUUCUUCAUUUUGGCCCUCUCUGCCAUCAAAUUUGGAUGCUGCCUAUGAGGUUAAUAGCAAGGAUACUGUUUUUAUUUUUAAAGGAAAUAAGUUCUGGGCAGUCAGAGGAAAUGAGGUACAAGCUGGUUACCCAAAAGACAUCCGCACCCUGGGUUUCCCUUCAACCAUAAGGAAAAUUGAUGCUGCCAUUUCUGAUAAGGAAAAGAAGAAAACAUACUUCUUUGUAGAAGACAAAUACUGGAGAUUUGAUGAAAACAGCCAGUCUGUGGAGCGAGGCUUCCCCAGACGAAUAGUGGAUGACUUUCCAGGAGUUGAACCAAAGGUUGAUGCUGUAUUAGAGGCGUUUGGGUUUUUAUACUUCUUCAGUGGAUCAUCGCAGUUUGAGUUUGACCCUAAUGCCAAGAGGGUAACACAUAUAUUUAAGAGUAACAGCUGGUUACUUUGUUAG